UUUUUGACAAGAUAUACUCAAUUUUCUUGAAGACUGCAUAAUUAUUACAUCAAGAUGCUAUUGACUGAUUGAUACAAUUUGACAUGGUACAUGGCACAAGGAAAAAACAUUCCUACGGUCAGUUCACACAUCCACCUGUUUUCUUGCAAGUCAGUUAGUUGAAGUGUUUACCGCCAGGCCAGCCGCCCGCAAAUCCCGCUCUUGUAUUUCUCUGAUUAAAUCCCGUCACCUUCCUCUCUUCAUCUUUCCCAUUUAUUUUUUCGUUUUUACCCCAAAUUCCACAUUAACUCUCAAACCCUUCUUACAACAUUCAUAUUUUUCCUCAAAAUUCUUGAAAUUCUAUCCCUUCUGACCAACCCCGGAAACAUCAAGAACUCUUUUAGGUUCAAGAAUGCUGUAAUUACGAUCCAAGUGCCAGUCAUGGAUCAUGAUUAAUUGAGAUUCUUGAACAUUCACAAUUUUUUCCCGGAUCUGGGAAUCGAGACAAAAAUGUGGUCUGGGCAACAAAAACCGCCUCUACAAAAGCCUCCGGGUUAUAGAGAGGCCAACACUCCAGUCCCGCGUCCGCGCCCCCGGAAACCCGUAAAACUGCCGCCGUCGUUUUACCAAAACAAGCGGCGGAGCGCCUGUUGCCGCACUUGCUGCUGCUGCAUUUGCAUCUUCACAGUUAUUCUAAUCCUCGCUGUCGUCUCCGCUGGCGGCUUGUUCUACCUCUGGUUCCAGCCCCGUCUCCCGGAAAUCCACUUGACAUCGAUCAACUUCACAAAAUUUAAGGUCACCACUGUGCCUGACGGGCCGAUGCUGGACUCAGAAUGCAGCAUAGGCGUCGAAAUCAAGAACCCGAACCAGGAACUGAAAAUGGUGUAUGAUAGAACUCAGAUUUCAAUAAAUGCGGCUGAAGGGAAUGCGAAUUUGGGUCGGCAGACAGUGCCCGGAUUCACUCAGAACAAGAACAAUGUGACGAAUUUGAAGUUCACGAUGAAGGCCGAGAAGGAGCCUCUUGAUAGUAAGUCUGCGGAUGAAUUGAAAGACGGGUUCAGGAGCAAGAGCUUGUUGGUGGAUGCUGAAUUGAGGACCGGGAUUGGGCUGAAGGGAAGCGGAUGGGCUACUAGCACAGCUCGGGUGGAUGUGCUGUGUCAGGGGGUGAGAUUGAGCCAGGUUCGGGACGGUGGUGAAAUGCCUAAAUGUCGAUUCAAGAUACUUAACUGGGUUUACAUAAACUGAUGGUUUCAAGUUUCAAACUAAUCAUGUCCAUUUGGACAUGAGAUUGGGAUUAUUACCUGCCUACAGAGGCAUAAACUGGCCACGAAAAGAUCUGUACAAUGUUGUGGGCAAGUUUUCUGUCAUCAGUUCCAGUUCUCGUCAGUUCCCAAAUGCAAAUUAUAUAGACAACAUUAAAUCUUGGCUUGUCUAACAAUGUAAUCAUAUUACUACUAUAAGAACUGAGAGUAGUCUAUAUAUGUCUAUAUAUAUAUAUAUGUAUCCUGUAAUUGAUUGAUGCUUGAAUGUGUUGUCUGUUGAGGAACCAUCAGGUUCAGGUCCAUUUCUAUGAAUACUAAGGGCUGCUUGGAUUCCCUAAUGAAAUUGAUAUGUUGCCUUUUUCUGUUUAUGGAAAAGGUGAAAAUCUUGA